GAAUGAAUAGUAGUUCUCUAGAGACACAAGGAGGGCUUGGUCUUUCCAAACCUACUCAAUACGACCUCGAUGAAGCUAGAAGAAGGCGUGAUGAAGCUGUCGAGGCCGAGCGGAAAAGCCAUCCGGCUUUUAAUAUGCCGGUGCGAAGUAAGCUAGGAUACGAUUUUGUAUGCCUUCACUUGGACAACCACGCCCACUCGGAGGAGAAGGCAAGCAUGUUGUUUCCCUCACAUCCUCUGUCGUCGAUGAACGCUAAGGCGGUAUUGUUCAGUCAACUCAAGUUCCUUGUCAAUAUUCUUUUCAGGCGCUCGCUGCUGAGGUCUAGGCUUCAACAGAUAGCCUCUAAGCAGAAACAGUUGUCCGGUGAUGUUUGUAGUGCUACUCACAUCGAACAGCACCCCUCCAAGGCGGUGUCGCUUCCAAAAGUAAAUGUCUUAUUGCCUGUCUUUUAUCGUGAACCUGACUUUGAUCUGAGCGCGCCUUUUAUUGAAGAGGAAAAGGAUUCGCUUAACUUAGGGUUAGAAUGUGGAAUAUUCGGGGGCAUUCACGGUUUUUCAGGAGCAGGUGCUGGAAUCAAAGAAAUACCAUUGAGGUCACAUGACCUUUGCGCCUAUGUGCCCAAGUAUUUCCCUGAAUUAGUAAUAGACAUUGCGAACAAAAGCCGUGAGGAAUUGGAUGAAUCAAUCCACCCCCCUACUCCCCCUGAAACUGUCCAUCAAGAACCGCAGAUUUUCGAUACGUAUACCCCGUCAGUGACGGAGACCGACUUCUAUCCGAUGCCUCAGUCCGUAUAUUCUGAGGGCCCCGUGGAGCCUUAUGGGCAACAUUGUUUCGCCGCAUCUUCACUGCUCGCCUCAGAUCAUCGUUUCGCCAACACCGAAGAUGAGUCGCAGGAAACGCGUUGUGCGCCUAUUUUUUCCAAAGAAAAUCCUCUCCUUAUCGAGGAAGCCUUUGCAUCACUCCCUGUAAAACUGACUCGUGCGUUGUCUGAAGACGUGCUGAGCAAUUCUGAUGAUGAGCCAGUGGAACACCGAAAUUCAGAGAAAUUGUGCCAUAAACCGGUCAAAUGGGCAUUCACUCCGCGUUUGAAUGUAAACAAGCCUACUUGUGAUGAUAGCAGCCCUUCUAGAGUCCUUAAGGACGUCCGCAACGAUUUACUAGAUCAUGUGAUGUAUACCUUUUCGGCGCAGUCGUAGGCCCGUCACCUCCCCCCCCAAAAAAA